UGUCUGUGAGGAAGGAAGUUUAAACUAAGCUGUGUAUUAUAUCGCGAUAUAAGUGCAGUUGACGAGUGUUUGCGUUCGCAAAAAAAUCUCUCAGUGACGUUUAAUGGAAAUGAAUGAAUGGAGGUAUUUCUACAGAUAGAAACGAUGUGAGAAUGGCUUCCAACAACGAUGGCCAAGAAUUAGGUAAAAACACACAAAGAAAUGGAGGAAGCGUGAAACGACCGAUUCCCGCUGGGGGAAAACCCAAACCUCAGAUUUCCAAGAAGCCAUCAAUUUCAAAUAAACCUGCUGCUAGACUUCCAUCGCAGGCCAGUCUAGAUUCAGCAAAGGGAAAUAACUCUGCAGGUCAUGUUUCCAAUCCGCAAUUGCACAAGCACACUCAAGCAGCGGUUCAGAUUCCAAAUGAUUCUGCAUUGCACAACUCCUGUGAUCCUUCCUUGACAAAAACCCCAGCCGUCCCUGUGCCUGCCUUCUCUUCCCAUGCACAAAACAACAGCACAGGUUUUGAUGAUGUCAUUAAUCAUGGUACACAAGGAUCGCUUACACAGGAAGUUGAUCAAGUAUUGCAAUGUGUUUCCAAGAAGACUUCAACUAAUGGGGUGUGUCCAAAGACCCCAAAAGUUCAAGGUCAUGACCCAGAUAACAAGCUACAAACUAAUGUGAAUAUUUCUAGUGAAGAAUCACUUUCCAGUCAUGAUGGUGUGAAUUGUGUAUUGGAAAAUGGGCCAUGUUCUGAUGUUAAACCAAAUGAUGGCCAGAAACAGUUGUCAACAAAAAGUCAAAGAAAACCGCCAUCUGUUUCACCAAAACCAACAAAAGUUUCUCUCACACCAGAGAGUAAGCCAUCUACAGGUUUUAGGGGGGAAAGUGCGAUGGACAUCUCUCCUAGUUCUGAGACUAUACAGCGUGCCAAUGAUCAACAAGAAAAGAGAAAUACUUCAUCGGUUUUAUUUAAAGUGUCAGUAUUUACUGAACAGAUCAUGCAGCAAUCUACACCGGUACGUGGCUGGAUAGGUCAGACGAAUGACAGAAAGUCACCAGAAGUGGGCAGUGGGCAACAGAACAAGACCAAUGUUUCUAGAAGUUGGACUGUAAACUCCUUUGAGAAAAAAUCUGUGAUAUCACGUUUAGACAAACCAGAGUCUGAGCUGAAACCAAGUGAGAUAUCUGUUAAAGAGGACAAUUCAAAUUUACUGAGAUCAAAAUCUACAGUAAACAUGAGACCUAAGCCUAUACCUCGAGUCUCACCAAAGGGAGGUAAGCCAGUUCCUGUACCGAGGAAAAGGUUAUCCUUGGAGAAGAAAACAGCAGUUGAAUUAAUGGAAGAAAGAACUAAAGACAAUGAUUCUUACUGUGCAAUGACAUCAUCAAUGACAUCAUCAAUGACAUCAUCAAUGACAUCAUCAGUGACAUCAUCAAUGACAUCAUCAGUGACAUCAUCAAUGACAUCAUCAAUGACAUCAUCUGUGACAUCAUCAAUGACUUCAUCAGUUCGUAAUGGAGAAUCAAUUAAUUUCACCAACAAACCUCAAAAUGAGACAAAAUUAGAUCAAUUAGAUUCAGAAAAUAAAAAUGCUGUUGUUCCCAUGGACACCACAACCCCGCCCCCGAAUGUUCCCCCUAAACAAAAUGCAGAAGAAGUAAGAUUUAGGUAUGUCGAUCUUAACAAAUCUGAUGACGAUACAUCCUCGUUGUUGAAUGACAUUGAAAAAAUCAUAAACGAGGCCUUUGAUGUAUCUCCCAAACCUAGGCCGGUGUCAUUGGAUUCAUCUCCUGUACGCCCACCACGCAGGAAACGACAGUGCUGCAAUCCAGAUUCCAUGGAGUACAACAGCGAUUCAGAAUUUAGUGUGUUAAAGAAAGAUCCUCAUAAAGGAUCUACCCAGUCGCUGAAUGCCUUAGAAAUCAGCUCCGUUUCUUCAAGCAGCAGAAAGCAAUGUCCACCAAAACCGAUUCGUAAGAAACUGGCUAAUGGAAAAACCAAUCGGAGUCAAUCUGACCUUGGUGAUAUUCGUCAUUUGGUUCUGAUGAAGGAAAGUGCAAUGGCCUUGAACCAUACCAUUACUAAGGGCACUGCAAGUGAUCGCAGCACUGUUCCACAGAUGAGAGAAAAAUCCAAUAGUCAAAUUGUAUCGAAUCGUGGAAAUAGUUGUAUUCUAACUCCAGACACAAGAGUUCCUCCUAAUCAGGAGGCGAUUAUUCGAGAAAAAUUGAAGGAACGAUCAAAAAGUCUUCCUGCAUCACGUAAAAAAGGUCGCCCUAAACGUCCUGCUCCUCCACCGCCCAUGCCUGGAACUAAAGCGCCAUCUGGUGGUGGUAAAAAUCUCGCAUCACAAGACGAUCAUGAGAAUCCUUAUUUUGAAAUUAAAGAAUUUUCUAAAUCGGAAAGGCCACGUUCAUCAUCAUUAAAUUUUUCCGGAGGUAAAUAUUCUCCCCCGGAACUUCCUCCUAGAAAUGAAGUGGGUUCUAGAAGAUUGUCUGCAGUCUCUCAAGGUUCUCCUCAGAUUUCCAGAGUGUCUCCGGCGUCCUCCAGACUCCUCGACCUGACGGGGAAGGACAUGGAUCGGCCAAUCAGUAUCAUCAGUAAUCAGUCCGACAGUGGGUCAAUAAGCCAGGGAAGUCCAGCCCAAGGGAGUAGCUCUUCAGAGGACGAAGACAUGGACCAGGAAACAAGGAAAGAACAGAAGAGACUGAAGAAGAUACGCUUCAUUGCCCGGGAGAUUGUUUCGUCCGAGAGAGUUUUUGUGGAUGUUCUUAAGUUACUGAACAUUGAUUUCCGGCUUCAUAUCUCGAAGGCAGAGGAGGAGGCUGGGAAAACCAUUGUUCCUAAGGAGUACAUGGACAAGAUCCUCAGUCACCUUCCACAGCUACAGAACUUCAACGAAGUUCUCCUUAAGGAUAUGGAAUCUCGUGUUAACAAAUGGGAUGAAUGUCAGCAGAUCUCGGACAUUUUCGUAAAAAAGGGGCCAUUUCUGAAGAUGUACACGUCCUACAUACAGGACUUCAGCGACAUGACUUCCGUGCUAGACGAGGCUCUCAAGAAACUCCCUCAAUUCCUGAGCGUGGUGAAGGACUUUGAGAUGAGCCCACGUUGUGCUUGCCUUUCGAUACGACAACACAUGUUAAAACCGAUUCAGAGGAUACCGCAGUACAAGCUCCUAUUACAAGAUUAUUUGAAACAUCUUACUCCGGAUUCCCCCGAUUAUGAUAACACAAAAAAUGCCCUUGGGAUUGUGAGUUCAGUAGCAGACCAUGCUAACAACAGCAUGAAGCAGGGAGACCAAGUCCAGAGGAUGCUGGAGAUUCAGAAAUCACUCGAUGGCAACUUCGAAGUCAUCAAACCGGGACGAUUGUUUAUCAAGGCUGGGGAGCUUAUGAAGUUGUCAAGGAAAGAAAUGCAGGAGAGAAUGUUCUUCCUGUUCAGUGAUGUCCUGUUGUACACCACGCCGACACCUACUGGGGGAUACAGGCUUAACCAAGUACUCACCCUCACCGGCCUCAAGGUGUCCAUGUCUACUCAUGAUGAAUUCAGUAACGAGUUUAACAUCAUCAGUACCCACAAAUCCUUCACAGUCGAGGCAAAAACACAAGCAGACCGAAAUGCUUGGAUUGCUGCUCUCAAACAAGCCGUGGAAGAAAAUGCGCUGAAGCGGAAACACCUUGUACCUAAUUGUGACUUUAAAAAGGGCGAUGAGGCCCCGGUGUGGAUCCCUGACUCUCGUGUAACGAUGUGUAUGAUGUGUACGUGCGAGUUCUCAGUGAUUCACAGACGCCACCACUGUCGUGCAUGUGGCAAGGUUUUGUGUUCCUACUGCUCCAUGUACAAAGUUCCACUGAAGUAUCUGAAUGGCAAGGAGGGUCGCGUGUGUAAUGAAUGCUACGAUGAGCUGAAGCCAGAUGAUGUUGAAGAUGAUGACGUAGACCUGCCGGAUCAACAAAAGUCUCCGUUUGGUUUCAUCCCUAGCAAGUGGUUCCGAAAAAGCAAUAACAAACCUCAUCGACCAAAACGAUUCCUGGAGGUUCAUGCCAAUGAUCAAGGCUCACAGAUGAGUGGUUACCUCAAGAGACUACAGAAAGGGAAAUGGAAAAAGUUCUGGCACGUCCUCAAAGACAAUGUCCUCUAUACCUACAGGGCUAGUGAGGAUACUGCUGCUGUGGAGAUUAAGGCUGUUGUUGGGUAUGAAGUGGCAGAGUUUAACGAGAUAUAUGAAGGUAUUCACCAGUCGGUGCUGUUCCAACUGAAACAUCAGAACCAGAAACCGAUCGUCUUCCAGGGAGACAACGCCUCCAUAACAGAGAGAUGGAUUAAGGCCAUGAAAGAAGCAUCUGUGCCUUGAAAUUAAGAUGAAGCAACCAGCAGAAAUGCAAGACUAUUUUGAAUGAGUUUAGCAUGGAGAGAUGGAGUAAUUGGGCUAAAAACACUAUCGUGGGGGACACCAGCAUCCGAUGGAGCAAUACCAUUUAGGGUGAUCAGGCUAACAGAAAUGGAACGCUACCUUGUAUGAAAUUGGCAUCCCAUGGUGUGAUCAGGUGAAAUGUAUUCCCUCACUUUGGUUUGGGUCUCACAUAUAAUGUACAACUGACAACAAGUGUUCUUGUUGGAAACUAGUUUCAUUAGGAAAUCUAUCUGAACUGGAAACUUGUGUGUAACCAAUUCAAGGGAACCUGGGAUAACCAAAAGAACUCUGAGUUACCAAGGAAACACCAACCUUAAAGUAACCAAAGCAUCUUGAGUAACCAAAAAAGCUAGGAUUAACCAUUGAAACCCAAGGUAAUCAAAGGAACCAGGAGGUAACCAAGGGAACUCGAGUGACAACAGUAACUCUGAGUAACCCAGGAAACACAAAGUAACCCAAAGUAACCCAAAGUAACCCAAGGUAAUCAAAGGAACCAAGAUGUAACUAAGGGAUCUCAAAUAACCAGGGAAACCCUGAGCAACCAAGGAAACACAAAGUGACCCAAGAAAACCCAAGGAACCACAAGUAACCAAAGGAACUCUGACCAGAGAAACCCUGAGUAACCAAGGAAACUAAGUUUCCAGGAGAAGCUGGAGUAACUAAGGAAAAUUUGAUGAAAAGACAUUACUCUAUCGAGUCUCUGAGAAAACAUCUGUGAUAUAAUUCUUCAGGUUUUAUGAAGAAUUUUUGCUUUAAAUUACAUUUUGUUUGGCAAUAUGGCAGAGACCUAAAUUUUGCUGGAACCAUGGCUUUAAAUUCAAUUUUGCAUGGCAAGGGCAGAGAUCUAAAUUUGGCUGAAACCAUAAGAAUGUUGUAAAGAUGAGUUUAUCUUUCAGAAAUGACUAAUCUGAUCGGUGAUAGAGAACUGAAGUUCUAGAUCUGGACCAGAUAUCUUACAAAAUGAUGUUGUACAUUUUUUUAAAAAGUGCUAUAAUUAAUUUGUUACCUUGUUAAGCUUUGAACAAUUCAAAAUAUUCUAAUGUUAAUUGCCUUAGCAUUAUUCAUAACAAUCAGUCAAGUUGCUCAUAUAGUACUCUGGGGCGGCCACAAUGGAUGCCUAGUCACAACACAUAACAGGUCACCCUGUACCUCUGGAACACCUUUACGAAAGUACAAGAUGUUGCAAAACUGAUGAUGUCAUAGCAGAAGACAUAUUUAUUGUCUAUAAAUAACUGCAACUGGUUGUAGUGAUUUUUUUUUAUAUAUAAAUGAGGUUGUGAUAAAAUGACAAAAAACACAUACUUUGAUGAUGUCAUCAAUUUUUGUGCACAUUUUUUAUGUGACUACAGGAGAUAUACUAAGCCAUCAUGAUACAUCUGCUUUACAUGUAGAAAUGCUUUCACCUAAAGAAAAAGAACUAUUGUGUCUGAAUCAUUUAUUUUUUAAAAAUAUUUCGAGCUUCAUCAUAUACACAUACAUGAUUUUAAAUAUCUGAAGCAUAAUGCUACAUAACUUAGACAUCAUAUAUAUUCAUUCUGUUUUUACU